AGGCCCCGCCCCUUUAAGCCCCGCCCCCUCCGGCAGCGCGGCCUGGUGGGCGGGCGAGGCCUGCGCUUGGCGCUGCUGCUGAGGGAGCGGAGGGGCAGCCAUGAUGGAAGGCUCGGACGACGGCCCAGAUUUCCUUUCCGAGGAGGACCGAGGGCUUAGAGCAGUCACUGUAGAUCUUCAAACUGAUGCUGCCUUGCAAGUGGACAUUUCAGAUGCUCUAAGUGAGAGAGACAAAGUGAAAUUUACUGUUCAUACAAAGAGUUCUUUACCAAAUUUUAAGCAGAAUGAAUUUUCAGUUGUCCGACAGCAUGAGGAGUUUAUCUGGCUCCAUGACUCCUUUGUUGAGAAUGAAGACUAUGCAGGCUAUAUUAUUCCUCCAGCACCACCAAGGCCUGAUUUUGAUGCUUCAAGAGAAAAAUUGCAGAAGCUUGGCGAAGGAGAAGGGUCGAUGACUAAGGAAGAGUUCACUAAGAUGAAGCAAGAACUCGAAGCUGAGUAUUUGGCAAUCUUCAAGAAGACAGUAGCCAUGCAUGAAGUCUUCUUGUGUCGUGUAGCAGCUCAUCCCAUUUUGAGAAAAGAUUUAAAUUUUCAUGUCUUCCUGGAGUAUAAUCAGGAUUUGAGUGUUCGUGGGAAAAACAAAAAAGAAAAACUUGAAGACUUCUUUAAAAACAUGGUUAAGUCUGCAGAUGGUGUCAUUGUUUCAGGAGUAAAGGACGUAGAUGACUUUUUUGAACAUGAAAGAACAUUCCUAGUUGAAUACCACAAUCGUGUCAAGGAUUCCUCUAUGAAGUCUGAUAAAAUGACAAGAUCCCAUAAAAAUGUUGCUGAUGACUGCAAUAGAAUUGGUUCUUCCUUGUAUACACUGGGAACACAGGACUCCACUGAUAUAUGCAAGUUUUUCCUAAAAGUAUCAGAGUUGUUUGACAAAACAAGGAAAAUAGAAGCACGUGUCUCUGCUGAUGAAGACCUUAAGCUUUCAGAUCUUCUAAAAUAUUAUCUUAGAGAAUCACAAGCUGCAAAGGACCUUCUGUAUAGAAGAUCAAGGUCAUUAGUUGAUUAUGAAAAUGCUAACAAGGCUCUGGACAAAGCAAGAGCGAAGAACAAAGAUGUCCUGCAAGCUGAAACUACUCAGCAAAUUUGCUGUCAGAAAUUUGAAAAAAUCUCUGAAUCAGCAAAACAAGAACUUAUAGACUUUAAAACUAGAAGAGUUGCUGCAUUCCGGAAGAAUCUAGUAGAACUGGCAGAAUUGGAACUGAAACAUGCUAAGGGUAACUUGCAGCUGUUGCAAAGCUGUCUGGCAGUGUUAAAUGGAGAUACAUAAACCAGAACCUAUCCUUCCAUUAACAAGGGCUGCCUUCUGCUGGAGUUUACUUUACGACUUUGAAUUGGGAUAUGGUUGAAAAAGGACACAUAAAACAAGCUCCUCUUUUUUCUUUAAAAAAGCAUAAGCCCACCAGAGUAAUUCCAGAUAAUAUGAAGCAACAGCAUAUUUGUUGUUACACAUGAAUAGUCACAUAUUAAUUUAAUCACUGUAUGCUCUUAUUGUUCAGAAAACCAAACAUUCUUCUCUCUCUCUGUCUGUCUCUUUUUUGCGUGAAAGUAGCAACUAGAAUUAUGUUCUCAUUUGGGGCUAGUAUUAAAUAUUGCUGCCAUUCUUAUUUUACUACCUUUGUAAUUUCUGAAGUUGGUUUGAAACAAAUUGUUUCAGAUUGAUUAAAUAUUGCCACUAGGUGUUGAAUAUUGUUGCUAUAAAGCAUUGUAUUUGUUAUUCCACAUAAUGUUAUUGAGCAUUAACUUUUUUUCCGAAUAACAAACAUUUCCUAGACAUUUUGGAGCAAACUUUAUGUAAUCUUUAUAAUAAGACUUCAAAAGAAAAGCAAAUGCAUUAGUAUGUUUGCCUUAAAUUGUAGACUAAUCCUGAUUAUUGUAAAAUAAACUGUGAAAUCAGUGACUUUUUCCUAAAA